AUGGCGCGUCAAUUUAUCAUUUUUGGCCUAUUGACUUUAAUUAUUGUCACUACUUUCACCGCUGAAACUCCCUCAGCCUCACCCAAGAAAUCUCCAUCACCCACCGCCGCACCAACUAAGGCUCCCGCUGCCCCAUCUAAAUCUCCGGCCGCCGCACCAAAAUCCUCUUCCGCCACCCCACCUAAAUCAUCCUCUGCCUCUUCUCCCAAAGCAUCUUCUUCUGUCUCAGAAGGACCCACCGCCGAGGAUGACUACUUUGCCGCUAGUCCUAGUGAUGCCGCUGAGGCACCACCAGCUCUCACACCUGAUAGCACCUCUGCAGCCGAUGGACCAAGCGAUGGACCCGCGGCAGAUUCUCCAACAAGCGGUGCUGUGACCACCGUCAAACUCUCCAUUGUCGGCACAAUCGUCACUGUCGGCUUCUUCUUCUUUUCCUUCUAA